ACAUAUUUUGUUUUCAUAUAUUGCUUCUAAUAUAAUAUUCCUUUCGUAUUAAUUCUACAUUAUUCAGUUCACGCAUUACUUACAACCAAAAUUAUAACAAUGGAAAAUCCGGAUAUCGCUGGAGAUGACCAAGAGCAACCUGAAAAUGUGGAAACAAAUCAGGAAUUUGAACCAGAAAAAGACAAAGCAACUGAUAUGAAAAAUAUUAUUGCAAUGGGGAAGCCGAAACCUUUUGAGAAGAAAAUUCUUGAAGAGUAUACUCCUUUCGAUAUGACGAGCUUCACUAUGAUAAAUAAAAUUGCAGAGAGGAAAGAGAAAGCUCCAAAAACCUUCAUCGAAAAGGAAGAGGAGAAAAAGGAUGGUAUCGAAAGACAAUUGGAGGAUAGUGACAAAGCUUUAAGUCAAUUAAUUCUGUUGGGGGAUGAGUUGGUCACAAACAUCAAAAUUGCAAACGAAAAACGUGAAGUGAUGCGACGCAAUUAUGAAGCCUUAAAAAGAGAAGAGCUUUUAGGUGAUCUAGAGAAUGAAUCAAUGGAGGCGAUGGCGAAAUUUGAAGAAAUCACUGCUAAAUGGACUGAAUUGGAGGCCAUCAAAGAGCCGGUUGGCCUCAAUGAAGGCCUUGCGCUUCAGAAAAAACGAAUAGAAGAACUGAUGAAGGAAAAGGACGAUGCAAUUCGAAAGUGUCAGGAAGAACUUCAAAGGGUAGAUAGGAAGUACUACGACGAUUUAGAAAGGCAGAGCGCCGAUAUAUAUUGCCUAGUAGAACGUAUCGAUAACCAAAUGGAAAAUAUGCGGAAAGCAUUCAAGUCGCACAUAGAACUGGUGCAGGAAACUAUAGAAAAUGAGAGACAGAAUUUGGCCCUAACAGCAGCCCGCAAGUGGGAAGAAUUGUACACAAUGCGAGCUGAAAAUGAAAGAAUGAAAUUGGAUAAAGAAAAAGAGAAAGCUGCAUUCUAUGCCGCAGAACUAGCCAGGAUUUCACUGGAGCACGAAGAAUUGACCAGAGAAACACGAAUUCGCUUAGAGAAGGACGCCGAAGCGCUUCAACUUGAGUUACGUAGCGUUAAGCAUAAUGUACUGCUCAACUCGGAAAAAUUAGACUAUAAUUACCAAGUUCUGCAAAAAGCUGACGACGAGAAUGCUAUUACGGUGAGUCAGCAGAAACGUAGGCUGGCGAAGCUCAACGAGGCUGUGUUGGGUUUGAAGAAAAAAAUUCGCGAAACGAAAUCUAAUUCACAGUUGGAGGUCAGGAAACUGACAACGGAAGUAACGCAUUUGCAUUCUUGCAUCGUUGAUUUGGAAUCGAAAACUGAAAACUUUUCAAUUUUAGAAGAUAAAAAGUAUCAAGCUGUCUGGGAGGUUAACCUAAAUGAGGCUACAGGGCUUUUAAACAAGAUCCUGGAUAUCGAUCGAAUUCUUCACGAGCAACAGCUAGGUUUACCGUGGACCAAACCAGAUAUGCCAGUUUUCAAGUUGAAGGACUUUAUUAUUAUGAAGGAGGGUCUCGAUUCAAAACAUUUUGAUUUAAAAGUCAAUAGAUCUAGGACAAUAACUAGGUCUGAAUCAGCAAAGGAGAAAGAUCGCAGAACGGACGAACAAAAAUUAGCUCAUAGUCGGUUAAUGCGAAACAUAUUAAAAAAAAUCGCAGAUCGCGGCGGAUUUCUACUCGAAGAUAAGCUUUUGACUAUUCUGCAACCAUACACGGAGGAUCAACAAUCGUUGGUCAAAGUCGAUAACAUCUUCAAUGCUUUGGGGGUUUCCAAAAUCGAGGAUAUUAGCGCUCUUAUCCACUACUUCCUGCCUUACGCUUGGUGCCCGAAUUGUUCCACUGGUUUGUCACCAGCCGCUAUAAGUCGUUUGCAUCAAGUUGAAUUGGAGCAGUUUCAAACGAAAGAUAUCGAUAGUGUUAUCUAUGAUGAGUUGAGUGAGAAGGCAACUCUUAAGGACACAGAAGGCAGUGGAAAGUCUGAAAAAUCACACCAAAGCACCGAAGAAGAGUCCUCUGAAAUAGUCACCAAAGACGAAGAAAACCCUAUGGACGAUUUAAUGAAAGAAUUCGCCAAAAAGGAAGUUUUGGACCGCAAGAGAUCUGUACAAUUUGAAGAAAAAGUUGUGGUUGAAGAGGAGACAACCUGUGUAAACCAUUACUUGGUCAUCGAACCUGCUUUCGUAUUGACUGCUCUCCGUGAAUUUGCUGAGAAGCAUCUAUGCCAGAUUGCACUUCCUGGAAUAACAAAAUCAAAGACAUCGGGUUCGGAGCGUUCUAGCCGCCGUAGGAAUCUAAAUCGUAAUAUUAGCAGGACAGAUAUAGAAACAUUUUGGCACCAAUUCAACAAUAUUUUCCCACAAUCGAAGCUGAAAUUGUGGCAGAAUUUGGAACAUGGUUUAAACCAUUAUUUGAAGGUUUUGAAGGACCGUGUAACACUCGAUGCAGAAUGUGAAUUUCUUCGGAAGCAGAAUGCAGAGCUGAAACAUUUGCUGCAGCAGUAUCUGCCCCCUGAUAAAUGUAUUUGUUAAAUCCAUUUGUAUUUUUACAAGUGUUUAUGAAAUAUGUGGAUAUUGAUAUAGUUUUGUGUUGAUGCAAUUUCGAGUUAAUAAAUAUAUUGGG